AUGUAUAACCCGGGCGGGCCCGGGCUGCCCGGCGGGCGGCGGCGACGCGGGACGGCGGGCGGCGGCGGGGGGCUGCCGAAACAACCGGAACGCAGCCUGGCCUCGGCGCUGCCCGGAGCGCUGUCCAUCACGGCGCUGUGCACGGCGCUGGCGGAGCCGGCCUGGCUCCGCAUCCACGGCGGGACCUGCGGGCGGCAGGAGCUGGGAGUGGCCGACGUGCUGGGAGCCGUGAGGGCCGAGCUGCUGCGGGAUUACUGCAUGAACCCUCAGACCGUUCUGCUGCUUCGUGUCAUCGCCGCCUUCUGCUUCCUUGGCAUCAUCUGCAGCCUCUCAGCCUUCCUGCUGGACGUCUUUGGGCCCAAGCACCCGGCCCUGAAGAUCACCCGGCGUUACGCUUUCGCUCACAUCCUCACAGUCCUGCAGUGCGCCACCGUCAUCGGGUUCUGCUACUGGGCCUCGGAGCUGAUCCUGGCCCAGCAGCAGCAGCACAAGAAGUACCACGGCUCCCAGGUCUACGUCACCUUCGCCGUCAGCUUCUACCUGGUGGCCGGAGCUGGGGGAGCCUCCAUCCUGGCCACCGCCGCCAACCUGCUGCGGCAUUACCCCACCGAGGAGGAGGAGCAGGCCUUGGAGCUGCUGUCUGAGAUGGAGGAGAACGAGCCUUACCCCGCAGAGUACGAGGUGAUCAAUCAGUUCCAGCCGCCUCCAGCUUACACCCCCUGACGCUGCGGGGCUCGGGGACGGCCGCCCGCCUCCCGAAACAACUUGGAUUGGGGACGCCGUCCUCAGUGCUUCGCUCUGGGGCACGAGAGCAGCUCCUUGCCCCCCAAACUCUCCUUGGAUGGGGCUGCUGUCCCAGCGCUUUGCAGUCCAGGCACCUCGUGGCUCUCCUGAUUUUUGUUCCCCCCGUGCCAGGGGAAGAACUGCUUUUAGGACGGGAUUCCUUCAUCCGAAGCCUCCCUUUGUUUCAUGAACUCUGUGUCGUGAUUUUAACCCUUCUCUCCUCCACCAACUGAAAGAACACGGCCCUGGGGCUGAGCUCUUCCCGAUCCCACAGACGAUGGGGUCGCCGUGCUGCGCUGGAGACGAAUUCCCACCCGACGAACGCGGCCUCAGCUCCGUGUUUGUCCACCCCCAUAGGAAGCGUGCGGGUGGGAGAAGCCUCCUAUGGCAGCAGCACGGCUGGGGGCCGGGCACGGCGCCUCCCCUGCGCAUUUUGCACUUUAACUCACGAGGCUCUGCUGAGUUGAGGGGCGCGGAGCUGCUGCCCCCCGGCUCCUUGGUUUUUAACAGAGAUGGAGACUUUUGUACGGCGCCAGCUCCGAGGAGCGGAUUGAGUCCACGCUGCGUGAUGGGCUGCGGCUUUUAUGCAAGAUCUCGACACCUCCACCCCGAUCAUUCCAUUCCGAUGGGAACUGUUGGCUUCUUGUUCCCUUUUCGCGGCUUGCUGUCCUGCUUUGGGUUGGCUGCCCCCGUUCCUCCGCACGCCCCGGGGCGGCGCUCGACCCCGAGCUGCGCAGCCACAGCCCUGCAGCAACCUGAGCGACCGGCAGGGCGAGCGUUGCUUUGGGGCUGCGGGAAACAAGGAAGGGAAGCAAAGCAAAAGCAAAGCAAAGCAAAGCGUGCCCGCAGCCGCCCCCCGAGCACCGCGCUGCUGGGAAAGCUCAGCCCCAGGAGGAGAUUUAGGGCAGGAACGCUGCUGGAUGCAGCUCCCUCUCUUCCUGACGCUCCCCUCCCCUCCUGCGCCGCAGCAGCGCUGCUAUGCAACGUGUGGCCGCGUCGGUGCCGUCGGUGACCCGGAGUCAGCGGGGCUGUGCUCGGGGAGCAGCCAGCACUGAGCUGUGGGGUCGAUUCCACGCGGCCCCCCCCCCGCUCCCCCCACCCCGACGCGGGCCGUGCUGCGGCCCCAGGUGCCGCUGUGUUGUCCCAGAACCAUUCAGAGCCCCAAAUCCUCCUCACCCCGUGAUGAUAUGCAAGAGAGGGCUGGACUGUAAAUAGUCUGUGCAUAAACGUUGUAUUUCUGUAAAAACACGCACCGACAUAAAGGAGAACGAGGCGACGUCCUGCA